CCGAUCAGCUGUUGCAGCCAACGUGAGCCACAAUACCUGGUGUAGUUUUUCUGGCUUGUACUCUUCUCAUUAGCCUAAAUUAUCCGCCUGUUUGUUUGUCGGAUCAACAUGGAGAGUCGGAAACGACCGCUGGAGGCCGAUUUGACCGCGGAUUGCAGCUUCAAAACACCGGAGAAGAGAGUGUCCGUUGUCCCGCUGCAUGACUCGGACUAUAUGCGAUGGGGAGUGGAGGGAACGUGUCAGUAUCUGCGAAGAGAGGGUCUCGAAGAGUGGGAAGAUAUAUUUAGAGAACAAAAGAUCACUGGUGUGGGGCUGAGAUAUCUGAACGAUGCUGAACUGGAGAAGAUUGGCAUACAGUGUCUUGGUGAUCGCUUGCAGAUCCUGCACAGCCUUGGGAAGCUGUGGCAUGUAGAAGCGGAGCAAAGUAAGGUGUUUAAUGAUAGCAUCCACGGCCAUGUAGAGUUACACCCACUCCUCGUCAAAAUCAUGGACACACCUCAGUUCCAGAGACUACGAAACAUUAAGCAGCUUGGGGCAACCUACUUUGUUUUCCCUGGAGCAUCUCACAACCGCUUUGAACACAGCAUCGGAGUCGGUUACUUGGCAGGACAACUUGUACAAGCUCUGAAUGAGAGGCAGCCAGAACUCCUCAUAUCUCGUAGAGAUGCUCUUUGUGUGCAGAUAGCUGGCCUCUGUCAUGACUUGGGACAUGGACCAUUUUCCCAUAUGUUUGAUGGCAUGUUCAUCCCCAAAGCACGUCCAGGAAUUAAGUGGAAGCAUGAGGCUGCCUCUCUGGAAAUGUUUGACUACCUGGUGAAAGAUAAUGACCUGAAACCGGUGAUGGAGGAACACGGCCUGGUGCUCCCCGAGGACCUGGACUUCAUCAAGGAGCAGAUUGCAGGACCUCUGAACACUAAUGUAGCUCAAGGCAAGAAGUGGCCAUAUAAAGGCAGAGGAGAAGACAAGUCCUUCCUCUAUGAAAUCGUGGCCAACAAAAGAAAUGGCAUUGAUGUGGACAAGUGGGACUACUUUGCCAGGGACUGCUACCACCUGGGUAUCCAGAACAACUUUGACUAUCGCCGCUUCCUAAAGUUUGCUAGGGUGUGUGAGGUGGACGGCCAGAAGCACAUCUGCACUAGAGACAAGGAAGUGGGAAAUCUUUAUGACAUGUUCCACACGAGGAACUGUCUCCACAGGAGAGCCUACCAGCACAAAGUGGGAAACAUCAUAGAAACCAUGAUCACAGAGGCCUUUUUAAAGGCAGAUAAGUACAUCCAGAUUGAAGGCAAAGGAGGGAAGAAGUUCACUCUCUCUGAAGCCAUAGAUGACAUGGAGGCCUACACCAAGCUGACAGAUCAUGUGUUUGAACAGAUACUCAACUCUUCCUCCUCGGAGCUGACUGAGGCAAGGCAAAUUCUGCGCAACAUCACCUGUCGGCGACUCUACAAAUGUCUGGGCCAAACCCAGCCAGACAAAUUCAUGAAUGUCACCCGGGAGUUGCUUCUCGGCUGGGAAGCAGAUUUGGCUCGCUCCUUUCCUCAGGGUGGUGCCAAGGAUGUCGGUCUACAGCCAGAGGACUUUAUAGUUAAUGUCAUUUAUAUGGACUAUGGGAUGAAGGAGAAGAACCCCAUCAACAGUGUGCGUUUCUAUUGCAAGAAUGAUCUAACUACAGCCAUCCAGAUCCGCAAGAACCAGGUGUCUAAACUUCUUCCAGAGCAUUUUGCGGAGCAGCUCAUCAGAGUUUGCUUUAAGAAGACAGAUGACAGGAGUCUGGAGAUGGCCAAGAAGCACUUUGUGCAGUGGUGCAUGGACAAGAACUUCUCAAAGCCUCAGGAUGGAGACAUAAUAGCGCCUGAGCUGACCCCUCUGAAAGCCAGCUGGUCCAACAACAAUGAAGGCGACGAUGGUGGAGAUGGCAGCUCCAAAGAAGCAAACUGGCCUAGGGUAAAUGGACAAGAGAAAGCCAAAACAAAGCUUUCUUUUAAGUAAGAGGAAUACUUCCCUAUACCAAUACCUAUACCCUCCCUGGUACAUAUUUGGUAAAUGAGAGGUAGUGUUGAAUAAAAACUAUAUUUUUCUACAAGGUUAAGGUGACUAUUAGCACAGCGUAACUGAAAAUCAUUAAUUCUGCUUGAAGAAUUAAACACCAAAAAUAAAUGACUUAAAAGAGGACUCAGGGUUUUUAUAGAAAUAACACCCUCUUCAAUAUUAUUUACAUAUCUUUGUUUUCAUUGGAUCUUUUUUUAAUCAGGUUUUUAUUUCAUUCAGUUAUUCAUUCAUUAUUUCCAUUUGUUGCUGAGUGUCACAUUUUAAAUUGAGUUAUUGUUUUACAAGCAUGUGCAAUGCAGUGUACUAUCAUGCACUUAUAAAUCAUAGUUUAAAUGUUUUACUGUUACAAAGAAUGUAUGGUUUAUAUUUCAACAUUUCAGGGCAGUGUGUUUUUACAGUCUAUACACAAACUCAUAAGGGCAUAGUUCAAACUGGUUUCAAGUUUCUUUCCAUUUCCUCUUUUUUAUUUGCACAACAACUUUUGUAAAAAGUUCACCAAACCUGCAGCCAAAAGUUACUUUACCUACUAAUACUAUAAAUACGCACAGUGUUGCAAAUUGAUUGCUUAGAGACACCAAAAAUGUUUGUACUUGGUUUUUAUUUAUGAAUUUAUUUGAAAUUUGUAUUUGACUUGAAUGUAAUUAUUUUUAAGUUUGCUUUGGUUGUUGAGGUGUUGUGUGGUGCCCAUUGCUUUCUUCUAUCUGUGUCAUCUGAGCUUUCUGUGCAUCUGUGGGAAUGUAUUAGUAUGUAUUAGGAUGUAAAGUAUUGUGUUGUCUCAUCUUAUCUGCCUCAUAUUUGGUUGUUUUUUGUUUUGGUGAUAUGCUGUGCAAGAAAAGAAUUAUAUUUUUGAAAAAAAUGUAAAGUGCAACAACCAAUGGUUAUCAUGUGAAGGCGAUUCUUAAUGAGAAGAGCUGAAAACAGAUUGUGCUUCCUCAGUUUGAAAAUAAAACAAUUUU